AACAUUCAAUGUGUACUAAUCUAUACGAUGAGAUUAUCAAAGUGUUUUAUUUGAGAGAACUGACUCGAUUCAUCACAUGGUGAUAUUUCAAUAUGGCGUAUUAUAUGCUUGUUCUUGUUUAUGGAAUGGUUUUGGUUUCUUUGGGUAUGGUGCCAACACUUGCUAUUUUGGAAGAAUUCUUUGGACUUAAAUUUGGAUGCGGUAUACCAGUUCAAUCCUGCGUGCCGAGUAACUGCACAGAAUCUGACACGUCUCUGUCGGCCCCAGUGGCCAAAUGCAUGUGUGAUGAGUAUUGUGUUACAUUUGGUGACUGCUGUCAAGAUUACUACACGAAAUGUAAAACUUUUAUUAAUAGCCAAGACAUUUUGAACUUUAUAGUAGUCAAAAGCAAAAUUUCUAUACAUGAACGAGAGGAUAACGAUCUAAUAAGUUUCUCUAAAUUGGCCAGCUGUAAUAAAGUCACCGUUGGCGAUUAUCCGACUCACAUAUGGUCUAUUGCUACUUGUAAUAAAGAUUACCCUGAUGGAGAUAUUAAAGACAAAUGUGAAGGAAGAACCCGGGCAUUUCCUUUGGAUAUUCCACUGUCUGUGCUGUCAACACCCUUCAUGACCUACCAAAACGUGUAUUGUGCUGUUUGCAAUUAUUUGGAUCUUACUGAAGGUAUCAAGUAUUGGUCGGCUAAAAUUAAAUGUCAGGUGGAUAAAGAAGUUACUUUGCGAACAAUAGAAGAACUUCGGCUUUAUCCAGAAGAACGUUGUGAAACACGACUGACAAAACCAACUGGUGUACGAGUGCGAUUCUGUGAUGGUUUUGUUGAACAGCCGGCCUGUAAUUCCCUUAUACUACAGCCGCCAGACAGGGAAGUUAGAAGCGUCUCGGAUUCCGGUUUUAAAGUUGCAGAAGAGGACUUUAACACUAGUGGAAUUAAUGAUAAAGACACAGUUUCUCCUGAUGGUCAUGCUAUUAAGAAACGCAACGCUGGUGACAAUCAAGAAGUAAACAUUACUAAUACGAUGGAAAGACACGACAACUCAGGACACAACGUCACUAGUGUCAAUUCAUUUCAGGAUUCUGUCACUGUUAAACCAGAAAUAGAUAUACAGGACUCGGAGAAUACGAAUUCGGAUGAUCUUAUCGAGAACAACCUUUCCCUGCUAUGUGACGCCUAUCAUUACCAAUACCAAAGAGAUGGACUGUGGUAUAAGAACCCACAUUGUUAUGCAUGUCAGCAUGGGUGGGGUGUCUUUAAAGACACAAACACGACUUCAAAUGAAGUAGCUUGUUACUUGUCAGGACAUUUUGGAGGCAGAUCACAGUGGCCAUAUACUAAAGAAGUCAACCACGAUUUUGGUGUUUAUGAAAAUAAGUUUAUAUUUUACUCAUCGGAUCUAGGUACGGUACUUGAUGGAUUUCCCAGUAAUUGUGGUAUAGCAGCUGUCUAUGACAUGAUAUCACAAACCUGCAAGAGAACUUGGUGUCCACGGGGUUCAUUACCAUACUAUGAGACAUGUGUCAAUACAACAUUAUAUUCGCUCUAUAUUAGCAACAUCAACGACAGCACUACACUGUACGUUACAAUUAACGGCUCCACUAAAUGGAUAUAUAGCAGAUAUCUGGACCUGGUACAGAAUGUAGUUGAUGAUCUAGAAUCCAUGGACUUGAUUAAACUAGAACUUGAUCAAUCAUCUGGAAUGGUUUCAGUUAACAGAAGCAUAAAGCUAACCUCUUUAGAACUCGUAAAAGAAAGCGUUAUUACUGAACAAAUUACAACACCACAUGGCGAAAUCUUAAUUGAACAAAGUUUGACGCUCCUGCAACUUACAGUUACCGUUCCUAUCCUCUUCAAUGAUACGAGUCAAACGCUACACGAUCUGAUGUAUGGGGAAAUAUCAAAGCACCUCUUUAGUAUUGAAAAUAUGAUUAUUCGAAAUUACGAAGCCGACACGACACAGAUCUGCCCCGUGGGUAUUUUAGAAACGCAUAACAAUUUAGCCAUGAUCUCGAUUGGGCGACACGUAUUUGUGGACAUUAAGGAAAGGCUAGUAGACAUCAGCAAAGCGAGAUUCACCAUACGUAAAAAUGAUAAUAAUUCUUGGAUAGUGGCGUCAAUAACGUAUUGUAAUCGGGACUAUGCUGUAGGGCAGACUGUAAAUUCGGGAGGAAAUUUACCACGAAGUACGUCAUUAAUGUGUAACAGUACUCUGACACUAAGUAGCGAAAUGUUUGAUGAAAUCGGGGAACGAGUGAGGUUGAAGACAGGUGAAUUAAUAGCACAGAGUGAUUUUGUAAGAAAUGGUGAUGAUUUGGUCGUCUGCCGUGAAUCAUUGCUUCCCGAACAAUCGUUAAUUCUUGAUCGUAAUACACAGAUCUUGUAUAAAAACAUCCUAACAAUCAUAUCCAUUAUCUUAAAACUUCUCACGUUUCUUGUCAGUAUUUGCAGGACAUAUUCCGUGCAGGGUGGAGCCUAUUUUUAUAUUUUAGCACUGACCACCUCCUUCAUUGAUGUUGUACAUUUGUUGGAAAAUUUAACAAACGUAAACGUACCCACCAUUUUGCCAAUUAUGCUUCAUUUCAGUUGGUUAUUUGCUUUGUACAAUUCAAUGGCUUGGUGCAUCAACAUGAUUAGUUCAAAUUCUAAAAGAACCACCAGUUGUUGUUGCCGACAUCUUGUAAUAUCUGCAGUUGUUCCCAUAGCAACUGUUGUCAUCUGUGCAACGGGAGAUAUCAACGACCCGCCGUGGGAUAUAGGUUACGGCAGUAAUAGCCAUAUAUUUUGUGUUAUGCCAAACGUUGUCCUUUACGGCUAUGUCUUACCAGCCUCCGCUGCAGUUGUAAUAACUGCAUUUUGUCAUAUUUACAGAAUAGUUCGUCGUAAGAUGUAUGAAAAAGAUAAGAUCUUCUAUUCUUGUAAUAUUCUGGUAACCGGUCUCUUGGUUGUACAGUUUACGUUUGGUUGUCUGGAAGGUCUAGAAGAUAGUACUGUCUUUUACUAUCUUUAUUUUACAUCCGCCAUUGGUGUAAGCUGGACGUUCCUGGCUAUAUGCGCCAUUUUGGUGUUAAACAAGACACGGAUAAUGUCAAGUUCGGUCAAAUAUCUAGAAAAUACAAAUACGAAAUCACAAAAUGUCUAUGAAACAGCAGAUUAGAUGUCUCUAAUUUUUUGGACAUGUUUGAAUUGAUAAAGAGCUGAUUCGGAUACCUUUAGCUUUUUGUUUGUAAAGAUAUUUUAUAGUAUACUUCUAUCAAGCUGGGCUAUUGCUCAUUGUGAUGUUAUUGUGCUGGCUAAUCGUGUAUUGCUCAUUUGGUUGCUAAUCGUGUAUUGGGUUAUUGGCCAUGGUGAUGUGGUGGCUAAUCGUGCAUUGGGUAAUUGCUCAUGGUUAUGUUAUUGUGGUGGCUAAUCGUGCAUUGGGUUAUAGCUCAUGUGGUGGCUAAUUGUGUAUUGGAUUGUUGCUCAUGUUGUGGCUAAUUGUGUAUUUGUAAGCAUGUAUUUUAUUUAUCGUAGACUGUUUACAAAUUGAGUUAAAUUGUGUAUUUGUA